AUGGCCAUUACGAAAGCACUGUUUGUGGAUUCAAAGAAUCAUUUCAAGGUCAUCGAAGUACCGCUGGUUCCGAAGCCAGGUAAAAGCGAACUACUCAUCAAGGUCUUGUUCUCUGGCGUGAAUCCAGCCGACAUCAAGCAUGCAACUCAACUCGGUAUCAACAAUACCGCCAUUGGAUAUGAUUUUGCCGGUCAAGUCAUCGGAUCUGCAGAGAAUGAUUCGAACUACGAGACUGGCGAUAUUGUAGCUGGUUACACUCCUUCAGGUCUUGGCCGUCCCGUCACCUAUGGAACACAUCAAACCCAUAUCAUUUGUCCGGAAGACAUGUUGUUUAGGGUGCCUGACAACCUUCCCUUGCCCGACGCAGCGAGUUUAACGACCGUAGCUAUGACCGCAGCUGACGCUGUUUACAACCGUCUCGGGUUUCCGUUGCCCUCGCGAAAGGGUCACUUUGAACCCAACAAGCCAUUUCUGCUAUGGGGAGCAACGAGUUCGGUUGGAUACUGCGCACUUCAACUUUCCAUCGCAAGUGGUGUGUCUCCUAUUUUCGUCACGGCAAAGCCCGAACAUUUCGAACAUCUUCGAUCUCUUGGUAUAGCCCAUUUAUUCGACUACAGGGAUCCAGAUGUUCACAAAUCCAUCGCCAAAGCUUUGCAAGACCUAGGGCUUGAGAGAUUCGAAUAUGCAUUCGAUGCAGCGGGGGCUCCUGAUUCGGGGGGUCAGGUACUCCGAGCUGUCUCAGACGUUACACGGAUUGUUUCUACUGUAUUGCGUGACGAUAAACGCUUCACAAUGCCUGUGGCUACACCUGGUCUCGACUUUGUGAUCCUGCCUCCAGGUGCUCCCCAUGCUAUUACUAUACCAGCGCGGCCUGCCGACCACAAAAGGGCUUGGGAAGCUCUGACCUGGGCUAUUGAGAACUAUGGGAGAUCGUUUCGAUUACCACCAGUCCGAGUGGCUACAGACAGUGCUGAGAGAGUAUUGGAGGAGAUUCAACGUGUUGUUGAAAGGGGUAGUGGAUUCUCUAAGCUGACUGUGAAGCAGCCACUUCAAUAA